CGUUCACUCCGGAAUUGUGAAGCACAGACUCGGGGAGAAGAGCGUCUAAGCCUCCUUGCAGGAUUUAUUUGUUUGUUGAAUUUUCCUUUUGUUUUGUUUCUUUAAAGAACAUUUAUUUCUGAAUGUCUGCGACUUGCCCGGAUGGUCCCCCACUUGCAAGGGAGGGAUCCUCCACAGUCUGAAUUUAGAGGAUGAGGAGACCAGGAAGACAGUGAUGCACGUUACAAUGAAUUCAGGUCGAUGGGAAAUGUCCGGUGAAGGCUCGCUGCAUUCCACCUAAACCCUUUGCGCCUGUUGGAGUUGGGAGUGCCGUUUGGCGGGGAACGUGUUUGGUUCACUUGGGGAGUGUCGUUUCCUUUUCGCCUUUGGGUCGCGUUGGCUUUCGGCCUGGGGAUCUACCCGUGGAUUCUGCGUUCGUUUCUCCGUUUUUUUUUGGGUUCGGUUUCCGAAUAUGCGCUUUGGACUUUGUUGAGCCUGGUGGGAUUUUAUUUGGUUGCCCGUGGAUCUUCUGCGGCGUGUGCGACUGGUUUUGCCGUCGGGCAGACUGUGGAGAGGCCCCUUUUGGGUCCUGCCUGUGACACCUCGAUCGGGUUGAGGCCUGCCAGGAGGACGUGUCGGUGGGAUUUUGCUCUGCUGGUGAGAUGGAUGGCUCACGGUCCGGUGGACUCCGCAAAAAGAGGAGGUCAAGGUCGGAGCGAGACCGGGAGAGGAGGUCCAAGGGGUUGAGGAACAACCACGUGAGGGGCGGCAUGCUUCGCCUCUCCUCGGAUUCGGAGAGGGAGGAGAGCAGGAACCCCUCAUCCUCCCGACCCAGACCUCCGAGGAGGAAGAGGAAGGAGUCUACCUCAGCUGAAGAGGACAUCAUCGAUGGAUUUUCAAUUUCUGGCUUCAUGACGCUGGAGGCUUUGCAGAAGGACAUGUCGGUGAAGCCUCAGGACCGCGCAGACAGCCAGCCGGGGCCCCUGCACAAGAGGAGGCUGGGAAGGGUGGCCAACGGCCUGAGCCUGGGCCCGCGCAAAAACCGCCAUCUCCUCCAGCACUCGGACCAGGAGAACAACCCGCGCCUCGCCCACGCGCUCAGCAAGAAGAAGAGACUGGGGAAGAGGCACCGGCCGCUGAAACCGGGACAGAACAACUGCAAGGACAGUGACAGCGAGAGCGUGAGCGGAGAGUCCAAGCCGUCCUUCCAGAGCAGCUCCAGAGACCAGCUGAGUGAUUGUGACAGCGAGAGCGAUCAAGAAGACAAGGGUUCCGAUGCCAACUCAGAGAAGCUCUUCAGCACUGUUACUAAUAAAGUUCCAGAUUUCAGCGUUGACGCGCUCGCCCCAAAUGACAGCCAAGAAGCACGAGGCCUGGGCGUCCCCAAAGUGUCGGGCCUAGAGCGCAGCCAGGAGCGGAGCAAGGAGAGCGCCAAGGACCCGCCCCAGCCGGCGUCCGGCCCGCCCAAGCACCCGGCCCCGGAGGCCCCGCCCCCGACCGCGCCCCCUCCCCCCAGCCCGGCCCGGGCGCCCCGAGCGGAACCCGCCCCGCCGUCGCGGUCCCCCGCCGCCCCGCCCCGACCGCUGGGCCCCGAGGCCCCCCAGGCGGCCCCGCCCCGGCCCCGAGCCCCGCCCCAGCAGCCGGAGCCCCCGUCCCACCCCCGACCCCCUCCCACCCCCACCCCCCACCCGCACCCGCCCUCUCCCGCCCUCCCGGCCAAUCACAGCCAGCCUGGGCAGCUCCGCCCCCCGUCCCGCUGCCUCCCCAGGCCCCUGUCUUCGUACGGCAGCAACCACAGCCUCAACUGCAUAAGCAGCAGCCGGAGCAGCACCCCGGGCAAGCCGCACGGCCCUCAGCAGCCCCCGCACCUGCCCCAGCACCCGCCCGGCUCGGCCUUCCCCCUCCCCCUCCCCACCCAGACCGCGGCCCACAGCUUCCCGCCGGCCCCGCUGCAGUCCUCCCCGCACCCCAAUAUGUUCGCGCCUCCGGCGGCCUUGCCUCCACCUCCACCGCUCACCUCAAGCACUCUGCCGGUCCCCGGACACCCUGCAGGAGGUCCUUACUCAGAACAAGACCUGCUGCGGCAGGAGCUGAACACGCGAUUCCUGGCCUCGCAGAGCGCCGACCGCGGGGCGUCCCUGGGCCCGCCCCCCUACCUGCGCACCGAGUUCCACCAGCACCAGCACCAGCACCAGCACCAGCACCAGCACACCCACCAGCACACGCACCAGCACACCUUCACCCCGUUCCCCCACGCCCUCCCGCCCUCCGCCAUCAUGCCCACCCCUGCACCGCCCAUGGUGCGUACCCCAGCCAGAAAUUUUGACAAAUACCCUACAAAAGUCGAUCCCUUCUACAGACACAGUCUCUUUCACUCCUACCCUCCUGCUGUGUCCGGCAUCCCCCCCAUGAUCCCCCCCACGGGGCCCUUCGGCUCUGUGCAGGGGGCCUUCCAGCCCAAGACUUCCAACCCGCUGGACGUGGCGUCGCGACCCGGUGCGGUACCGCACACGCUCCUGCAGAAGGACCCCCGGCUGGCUGAUCCGUUCCGCCCCAUUCUGAGGAAACCGGGGAAGUGGUGCGCGAUGCACGUCCACAUCGCCUGGCAGAUCUACCACCACCAGCAGAAAGUGAAGCAGCAGAUGCAGGUGGACCCUCACAAGCUGGACUUCGGACUCAAGCCGGAGUUCCUCAGUCGACCCCCGGGCCCCAGCCUUUUUGGAGCGAUCCAUCACCCCCACGACUUGGCGCGACCCGCAACCCUCUUCUCUGCUGCAGGUGCCACGCACCCCGCGGCCGCGCCCUUCGGCCACCCGCCCCACCACCCCGGCAACUUCCUCUCCCCCGCCCCUCAUUUAGAGCCCUUCAGCAGACCGCCCUCGUUCGGAGGCCUGGCCACGCUGAGCACGGCGGCGUUCGGUGGCCUGGGCAACCCGGCGUUGACGCCCAAUUCCGUGUUCGGCCACAAAGACGCCCCCGGCGCCCAGCAGCACUUCAGCAACCCCCACGAGCCCUGGAACCGGCUCCACCGCACCCCGCCCUCCUUCCCCACGCCCCCGCCCUGGCUCAAGCCCGGCGAGGCCGAGCGGAGCGCCUCGGUCACCGCGCACGACCGCGACCGCGACCGCGACCGGGAGAGAGACCGCGAGAGAGACGCGGAUAAGCGGGACUCCUCCGUCAGCAAGGAGGACAAGGAGAGGGAAGCCAUCGAAAAGCGGCACCCGAACCACCCAUCCCCCGCCCCCAUCAACCCCAUGGGCCUGCUGGGGCACAGCCGCCCCUCUGAGCCCCCGCCCCGGGGCCACCUGCCCGGCGAGCCGCGGGACAAGGACAAGGCCAAGGAGCGUGAGCGCGAGAGGGAGCGGGAGCGGGACCCCCCCGACUCCUGGAAGGAGCCCCCCGGCGCCGAGGAGCACAAGCCCAAGGAGAACCAGCACGGCGAGAAGGACACGCCCGUCAUCCACGACGGCCACACCCCCGACGACAAGCCCGCCAGCAGGGUGACGCCCCCCUACAUGCGGCCCCCGGGCCUGGAUCGGCCCGGCGGCGGGCACGGACGGGAUUCGGGCGGAGGAGGAGGAGGAGGAGGAGAGAAGAAGAACGAGACGCCGUACGAGCACCAGAAGAAAGGGGGGGAGGUGAAGGUGAAGGAGGAGAGGAAGGAGGAGCAGGAGGCGCAGAGCGACCCGCCCCCUCCGCACAGGGCCCCGGAGCACCCGCCCCAGGCCCCCGCCCCGCCGCCCGCGCCCCACCCGCCCCCCUCCUCGGCGUCCUCCAUGCCGGUGCCCGUGGGCAUGGCGGGCGUCCACCCCAUGAACAGCAUCAGCGGCCUGGAGAGGACUCGCAUGGUGGCCCCCUUCAUGGGCAUCAGCCCCAUCCCGGGGGCCGAGAGGUUCCCCUACCCCGCCUUCCACUGGGACCCCAUGAGGGACCCGCUGCGGGACCCCUACAGGGCGCUGGACAUCCACCGGCGGGACCCCCUGGCCCGGGACCUGCUGCUGCGGAACGACCCGCUGCACCGGCUGGCGGGGCCCCGCCUGUACGAGGUGGAGCGCGCGUACCGCGACCGCGAGCCGCACGACUACGUCCGCGAGCACCACCACCCGCUGGCGCUGGAGCAGCGGCGGGAGCAGGAGCGGGCGCACCUGGAGGAGCGCGAGCGCCUGCACAUGCUCAGAGAGGACUACGAGCACGGCCGCCUGCACCCCAUGCACCACGCCGCGCUGGACGCCCACCUGCCCCACCCCGCCCUCAUGGCGCCCGGCCUUCCCAGCAUGCACUACCCCCGGGUCAGCCCCUCGCAGGCGCACCACCAGAACGGCAUCCUCAACAAAACCCCGCCCACCGCCUCCCUCAGCGCCCCGCCCCCUCUCAUCCCCUCCCUGGGGGCGCGGCCCGGCUCCCCCCGAAGGACUACGCCCCUGACGACGGACCUUAGAGACAGGCCCCCCUCCCACACCCACAAAGACAUCGAAGCGCGGUGAACGCCUACGCAGGCAAACCCCCCCCCCACCCCCAAACCUCGUGCCUGACGGACAGACACCGAACUUCAACUAAGCACUUAGCAUCAGGCACAAAAAAAAAGACCGUAUCAUAGCUAUGUAAAAACAAAUUUGACAAUGGGCUAAGGGAGAUGGGGAAAAUUACUGAUGUUUUUGUAAAAAAAAAAGAAAGAAAAAAAAAGAAAAAAUGGAACAAAAACAAUUUCAAAUUUUACAAACAUUUUAUCCAGUUUGCUCCAGCUUUUGUGUGUGUGUCCUUUUAUUUGUACAGAAAACCCCAAUUUCCCCAGCGGUCAGCUCAGACACCCUCGCGAAAGGUUGGUUUUUGGAAUGUACAGGUACUCGAAAUCGUUCGGGAAGAGACGGAAAACUCUUGUAGAUAUGUGUACAGUCGAUGUGCUUGCCCCCCCCUAAGGUUUUUAAUCGAGGUACAGUACAAAAUAUGCAAAAGGGUGUUAAUGAAAGCUUUACUUUUGAACAAAAUGUACAUAGAGGAGCGAGAGGAGAGGCGUCGAGUCCCCCCUCCCCCCCCCCCCCCCCCCCCCCCCGGCGACGUUCGCGGAUUUGUUUUGCUGUCGCGGCCUGCUAGUGCCGUACGAGGUCACCACAGUUACACAGACCACCCUCCCAACUAUGCAACGAAUGCUUCCGGCUUUCCCCCCCGAGAGCCAGCAUUUCUGAAAGGAGCCUUCUCUUCCCCCACUAUCCAGACUUACCAAGAACAGCUGUAUUCUCUCCACUGCUAUCCUAUUGGGACCUUUUACACGAGUGCUUUUAAUAGUAAAAGUAUAAUGCUGUUCAAUAAGUACUUGACCCCCCCCCCCCCCCCCCCCCAUUCCCUGAUUGGCCAAAAAAAAGGGAAAGUCAUACUGUUCCUUCCUGAAUGUGUCAUUUGGUUGCUGGUGACAAUCCUUAAACUUGCAUUUUAGGUAUAUAUAUAUAUAUAUAUAUAUAUAUAUAUAAGAAUAUAUAUAUACGAGUGUAUAUAUAUAUAUGAAUAUGUAUAUACAGUAUAUAUAUAUGAAUGAAAAGAAUCCUGUUGAAGUCACCAAUCUAUUUUUAGAUAACUCUGCCUGGUAUUCUUUUAUUUUCAACUAUAUUUUUUGCAUCAGUUCCAUUUUUUGAGUGGAGAGAAUAUGGCUCAAAAAUACGACAAGACAGAAAACAUUUCUUCUAAAGGAGUGUAAAGUACGUGUAUGAAAAUAAAAUUAGUUCCGUUGGUCUAACAGUGUAUUAAAGUGCUAUCCCGAGUUGAUGUAUCUACAAGAAAAAAAAAGAAAAGACAAAAAAGCGAAGCCUAACUAUGAACAGUUUGUUUCUAAUGAGCAGAGAUCUAUUUUAGUAUAGUCCCCCCUGAAGGUUUAGCUGUGCGCUUCAAACUGUGUGAAAUCCAGAUGUUGUGCAGUGUUUUUUUAUCAAACAAAAAAAUGUACACUGGAACAGUAGUGUUAGUCAAUGAGUAUUGCAAAGAGAUUGUUAACAAAACUUUUUUGCUGUUUAUCAUGUACGUAAAAAUGAAGUCCUUUCUAGAUCUUUCUAGAUCAUAUGUAAAAAGAAAAAAAGAAAAAAAAGCAGCGAAGCGACGGAAUCUUCAGCAUGUUCCUCAUUUAAACUUGUGUUAUGUAAAUUGUGCCAUGUUAUUAAAAAAUGUGAAUUAAGGAAA